AUGAAAUUGCAAACUCUCUCGACCAUCGCGUCCCUUCUCUCUCUUUCCCAGCUCACUCAGGCGGCCAGGGUCAUCAAGGUGACCAAAACGGUCGACAAUACCGUCACCAACACCAAUGUCGUUGAAGGUACCAUGUCCACUGUUACGGACUGGCUGACCAACACCAGAACCACCACAACCACCCGCUACACUUCCACCUACACCCUGACGAUAUUCGGUGAACCUUACACUUACGUCAGUGUGGUGACGGACAAUGCUCCUCAGCCAGAGCAGGAGUCUUCUCAGCUGCCCGAGGAUCCAAAGGCUCAGGAGCCCACUCUGCAAGCACAGACGCUGAAUAGCAAGCCUGAAGAGACCAAGGAGACCUCGCAAGCAGCUCCACAGAGCACUCCCAAUUCCCCUGAGCCAGCACCUACUCCAUCCACAACGUCCACCAAGACUGAGGAGUCAGAGCUGGUGCAAACUGUUGCUGCCAACGACCACACGCUGGAGAGCGGAUACGUGCUUGAGUCUCUGCUGACCACGGUUGACGGGGACGUGUGCAUCGUCGACUACGAGUACUACGACACCACAUCCACGGAAACCGUCACCAGCACGAGCACCAUCACCAGCACCAUCACCGUCUAA